AUGGAAGAAUGUGAAUGCCUAUGUUCUGUUUAUAAAAGUGAAAAAUGGAAUGAGAUUAAACAAAAAUACGUUGGGAAAAUAGUAAUACCUUUUAGCGUUUAUGGAGACGUCUUUGAAGUCAACAAUCCUCUAGGAUCUCAUAGCGGUGUAAAUAAGGAGCAUGCAUUGUAUUGUUGUAUUGUCGGAUUGCCACCUGAAUAUUCAAGUUUACUUGAAAAUAUUUUUUUAUUUCAACUGUAUAAAUCUUCAUAUAAAAAAAUGAUAAAUAUGUCAAAACUUUACAAUCCAGUAAUGCAACAAAUAUGUGAUUUACAAGAAAAUGGAAUUGAUAUAACAGUUAAAGGGCAAGCCUACAAGGUUUAUUUAUGUUUAUUUAAUUUUUCUGGCGAUAACUUAGAACUGCAUAAUGUUCUUGGAUUCCACGAAAGCUUCAACAGUAGACAUCCUUGCAGACUCUGUUAUAUGAGGAAAGAAGAAUGUCAAACUGCGACGAAAGAAAAUGUAAAAAAAAUGCGUUCCACUGAAAAACAUAACGAUGAUGUUGCAUCAAAGCAAAACGGAGUUAAGCAGAAGUCUAUAUUUGAAAAACUACCUGGAUUUAAUAUUUUUCAAAAUGUUUCUUUCGACCAAAUGCACGAUCUGUUAGAAGGGAUUUGCAGAUACGAAAUAGCGACUAUACUGUACCAUUUAAUAUUCAUCGAAAAACAGUUUGCAUACACACAAUUGAAACAAAGAAUGGAAAAUUUCGAUUAUCAUAGUAAAAUGAAAAAAAACGUGACACCAAUUAUCAAGUUAGAACAUAUUAAAAAUCAAAUGUUAGUAAUGAGUGCUUCAGAAAUGAACUUUUUAUUAAAUAAUCUAAGUUUAUUUGUCGGCGAUCUUGUACCUAAUAAUAGCAAAGCAUGGAACUUGUACGUAUCUUUACAUAAAUUGGUUUCUUUAGUUAUGAUGCUCUCAUUGCAGAUAAAAUUAAUCACUUAG